CAACGCGGAAGACACGAAUGAGGAAACUAGACUCCACGUCACUGAGGUGUAAUUUCGGCGUCAGUGCAACACAAGGUGCUACCUCGGUACGAUUUCAGAACCAUUGUACACUUCCAGAUAUCCUCACAUACGAUAUUAUAACUCGUAUGACCACAAAGCGAAGAUAUAGCCAGCUGCUGGUGCGUAGAGCGGCGUCGGUAGAGACACUGGGAAUCCGCUGAAGAGUGCCCCACUGCCUCAUCUUCUAGAUGGGUGAAUCAGGCUCACGCCGCUCUACACUUGUUUCCCGCCUGCCAAUCUUCCGCCGCAGCAGCAGCAAGAGGCAGGAGUCCCUCCCCUCCUCUCCGUCUUCAGGGGGACAGGGCAAUGGCGUCCACACCUCUUCGCCCUCAAGCACCAACUCCAGUUCUGGCAGUACCGGGAAACGCCGGAGCCUUUUCCGGACUCCAUCCCUCAAUUUCUCAGCUAAACGGAAUAGCGUUCCACGUGUCCAGCCUAUCAACCUAAACCUCACCCCCCCGCUGACACAGAGCACUGACACAAAUGGAAAUAACCAGCAGGCAAUAACAACGUCAUUGUCAACAGGGUUCAGUGAAGGUGGUGGACGCCCCAAGUCACGCCACUCCUUUGGGUUUGGCAGCCACAAGCAAAAGAAAAUCCCACGCUCUCAGACCGAGGAUUUUGAAAAAGUGUCCUCCUCCUCCUCCUCCACAGCCAAUCGAAACGUAUUCAUUAACUGUAUCAGUGGCUCAGGGGUCAAUGAGGGUGACGACUCUGGGUUCCUCGAUGACUACAGCGGUGGGAGUAAUAACAAACGGUCGUCACGGAAGAAGCAGCUGCUGCCCAAAUCUUUCUCAGCUCACCACCGCUUCUCCCGGACCUCCGAUCACCACAGACCUCCAGAAGUAAAUCUGGAACCGCCAAGCUCCACCACCAUCACUCCAGGGGCAGGAGGGCUCACCCCGGGGUCAUGGCCAGGGGAGCUGCUUGGUGCUGGAGGGGAGAGCUCACUCCAGUCCCCGAUGAUAUCAGAGGACCGAACCACAGCCAUCACCCCUUCGGAGUUUAUCCCCAUCACGGAGGAUUCUGUGUCUGAGGUGGAUGCUCUGCCAGCUCCCAGCCCCGGAUCUGGUUUAGCACCAGAAUCUGUCUCUGUGCCUGGGCCGGCUUUUGACACAGCUCCACCUGAACCCCCACCUGCUCCAGAGAACUUCAGCUUGGCUGUCUCUAACUCCCAGUUUUCUUCUCAGGUUUUCUUCACUCCAGCCCAGUCCAGCUCUGAAAAACCUUUACUCCCUGACACCAGCACAGCAAACAACACGGACUAUGAGACUGCCAUUUCCCUCUCAGAGCCUGAGACAGCGGUUCCCUGCCUACCUCUGCAGGAACAAUCGCUGGAAGAGAGGAAGGAGAGGUUGGAGGAAAGACAGGAAGCGAGGGAUGAGUUGUCAGCAGAGGAGAAGGAGUUGGCGGAGGAAAGGAAGGCAGGUUACCACACAGAGACCACAAGUGAGAGUGAGGCAUGUGUGGUACGCAGCGAGGGUUGUCACUCCAACCCAGAGCAGUCAGAAAGAAGGGCAAGAAACAUACGCUCUAUUCAGGAAAGAGGAAGUUUCUGUGGCUGCCACGAGCCAAGGUCUUCUCACUUGAGGAAACCACAUGCAGCCUCUCUGUGUAGCAGCGUCAGCCCCUAUCACGAGGUGAUGCGGAUGGAAAGGCGUCUUCGCUCCUCAUCUGAGGGGGCUGGUGGGCCUCGUAUCCAUGGAAACCACAGAGAUGCCCCAGGCAUGGAGGGAUGCGGCCUGCUCAAACACAGAAACAACUCCUCGUCAUCCAAACUGGGAAGUCUGGAUGUUUUAAACAACCUGGGUUCUUCAGAGCUGGAUGAAGAUGAUCUAAUGUUAGACCUGGACCUUUCUGAUGAUCAGCGACAUCGACAUGUGUCCAGAGAAGACUCCAGCCAAUCCCUGGCUUCCUGUCUCAACCUGCUCCCCUCCCCCAUGGACCCAUCAGGAGAUCGCAUCCCAGGGAAGGAAAACAAUCAGAGGGAGCCCAACCGUCCGACCAGCCUGCUGCCUGCUGACUGGAGCUCGUUGCUGGGUUUGGGGAGGGAAGAUGAACCCUUACCUCCAGGGCUGGAGACCCUUCCAUUUCGACUGAUGCAGCAGGACUGCACUGCUGUCAAAACCCUACUUUUAAGACUUAGACGAACACUGCAAGAGAGCACAGAGACGAGUCCUGCCAGCAGCCUCCAGUCUCUACCCAUUAGCCCCUGCAGUGAAAAGUCCCUGCCGUUUAAGGAUCCUGGCAGAGAGGAGGCCUUGUUGCAACAACUGAGAGAGAAAGAUGAACAGAUUCUCAGACUCCACAGUGAACUGGAGAGUGCCAAAGCUGCCCUGAAGAUGAAAGACUGCCAAAUGACUGACCGCACAACACAGACAGAACACGCGGGGCCAGAGACCAGUCAUCCAGGCCGGUGGUCAGGACUAGGCAGCAGCAGCCUGGCUUCAAGGGACCGAAGGGUAGUGCGGGGUCUGGGGGCAGCACUCGGAGGGGACCUCUGUAACCAGCACCUCCCCCACCACUAUCUACCUCUGCAUGCCCGCCCUCCUGCCUCUGAACGACACGCUGCCAGGGAGGAGCGCUACUGCCAGGGGGUCUUGGCACAGUCCACAGCCCGUAGCCCUGCUCCAAAUCUGGCUUCAGGCUCCUCUAACUUGUCCUGUGCCACUUCUGCAGCGUCAGCUCAAGCCUCACUUACCACUCCAGCCCAGCUUCAAGUUUCACAGCCGGGCCUUAGUCCAAAUCAGUGCCCAGGCUCUGGUUCAGCGGCUGCUAAUCACACCACAAUUCCAUCGCUGUCCUCCCGGCAGCCAGAGGGGGUGUCCUCCUCUUCUGAGUCCUUAACUCCAGGUGGAGGGAGUCUGCCAGGUGGGGCAAAGAGAGGAGGAGAGCACCCUACCCCAAGCCAUAUCCCUCGAGCAGUCGGGACCAGCGCCUCCUCGAGUCUCCACAGUCUUGCAAGCAAAGGGAGUCCCUCCCCAAGUAUCUCAUCGUCCAUACAAGCCUCACCUCCACCUCCUCCUUUUCCAGCCUCAUCUUCCUCCUCCUCCACGUUUACAGGUCGUUUAGGACAACCACCUCGAGGCCCUCUGUCUCUGCAUAGCUAUAGUCGUAAAAAUGUCUUCCUCCAACAUUCCCUACAGACUGCUGAACUGCAAGCUCUGACGCAGAGAGACAGUUGAGGGCACACAAACAUUUACACCAUUCAUAUUGACUUGAGCAACUCUCUGUGUGACCUCAGAAAAACUGCUGCUCCUUCGGUUCAAGUUGCUUGUGAUCCCGUCCCAAUGCCCCCUGAAUUAUCAACCCCACGCGCUAACAAUCACCCUUGUCCCUCUUUACAAUCCAGACCAACCCUUUGCUGACAUUUUGUUCUAAGAUUGCUCGCCUAAACACACUCAUAUGCAAGGUCACACACAUAUCAGGCUUUGAGUAUGAAAAAGCCACUCACCCGUCUAUCAGAACGCCCACGUUUUGUCAUGCUGACAGUUUAGAUCUGCUUACGCCCACAGACACACAAAGUGCAUGGAGACACAACGUGAUAUCCAUGCACACAUACACAACGUGAUAUCCAUGCACACAUACACAGAUCUAGUUACACACACUUAGAUACGCACUCUCACACAGAGACAUCAUCUGUGAUAUCUCAACCUCACAAUCUGCACAAAUACCAGGGCGUUAACCUGAACACAGUGAUUUGUGUUGUUAAAGAUUUUUUGUCUAUUUAUUUGACCAUUUUUGAAAGUUAAACCAUGUGCUGCUUAAUGAACUAUGGGACUGACCAUAGUCUGAGCUGGUAAGGACAUAUUCUCACAUUGCCAAAUCCCACAUCAUAUCAACUCCUCAUUCCUUGAGCUCCGCCGACAGAAGUCUAGAUGAAAAGACAAAUGUUUAAAUGAACAUCCGCAUCUACGACCCUUUUACUGCAUGCUUUUUUAAAUUUAAAGAGAAUACAGCAUUUUGUACUGCAACAAAAUAUGGGAUCUGGGUGACGUUCAAAGUCUUUUAAUAAGGUUUCAGUAUCAACUCUCACCUCAGUGUUUCAAGAAGAGAAUUAAACAUGCCAAAACAUCUAACACAUGAAAAAAAAGUAAAUGUUUAACCUUCUGCUCACAUAAAUAAUAAAUUAGUAGUACUUUUGGCUUAAUACUGGACCACUGUUUAUUUAUUUUUUUUUUUAAGAUAAUUUUUGGGCAUUUUUAGGCCUUUAUAGACAGAACAGCUAAAGACCUGAAGGGGGGGUCAAACCCCGGCCUUCUGCGUCGAGGAGUAAACCUCUAUAUACGGGCGCCUGCUCUACCAACUGAGCUAUCUGGGCGCCCAACUACUGGAUCACUGUUUUAUAAAAAUACAAUGUUGCAAUAUUAGCCACAUUAUAUACUAUUAUAUACGAGUCCAUGUGUAUCAUGCAAUGUUAGAUUAGUACAGUACAGAAAUGAAGAGUUUCAUUCUAAAAAAAAAAAAAAAAAUUAGAUAUCUGCCAUUUGAAUAAUUUGGCAAUUAUAAUGACAAAAUUACUCUUAAGUAACUAACUCUACUAAACCCUCAGCUAAAGAAAAUCAAAACGCAUCAGACAAUGAGAUUGUGCAGAACAAGAUUUAAGAUUUAACACAACCAGCAUUAUGUCUUUUUUUUCCAAAAUGGGGAAAAAAGUAUAAGGUUUUGGAAUGAAACCCUUCGAAUCUUCUUAAGAGCUGGGUAUUGAACAGGUGCUAGUGCUUUGCUAAAUGACAAAAUCAAUAUCCAUUUUAAGGAUU